AUGUCGCUGUCGCGCUCGCCGUCGCCCCAGCCGGGCGGCGGCUGGGCGAGCCCGGCACUCAGCACGCCCUCGCCCUACGCCAGCGGCAGCGUGAGCCCGCGCGUCGGCGGCAGCUUCACCACCACCAACGGGAGCCACAAUGUGACCUGGGGCUCUGCCCAGGCCCGAAGCGACGAGGUGCGCAGCUACAGCUCGCGCUUCAAUCCGCGCGGCGGCGCCAGCGGCGCCGGCUUCUUCUCGUCCCACCUGCGCCGGUUGUCGCAAGGUCUUCCGUUCGCGCACACCCCCAGCGGCGCGUCCGCCGAGAAGCAGAAGCUCGAGCGCAACAAGUGGGCGCCGCGAAAGACGGGCGCGCUGGGCGGCGUCCCCUCGUGGAUCGUCGGGAGGCUGCGCUUCAUGAAGUUGCGCUUCGUUCUGGUCCUGGCCGUUUUGUUCAUCUUCGCCCUCACCUAUUUACCCCCUUUCAACAACGUCUACAACCACGCGCUCGGCGGAGGGAACAAAUUCGUGAUAAUAUUGGCCGCAAACGUGGGCGGGGGCGUCAUGGAGUGGAAAGGACCGCGCGAAUGGGCGAUUGAGCGCGACAGCGUGAAGAACAAGAAGAGAUAUGCGCGCAAGUGGGGAUACGAGCUGGAGAUCGUCGACAUGAGCACCAAAAAGCGAUACGCACACGAAUGGCGCGAGAGCUGGGAGAAGGUCGACACCAUCCGGAACGCCAUGCGCAAAUAUCCCAAGGCGGAAUGGUUCUGGUGGCUCGAUCUCAACACCUUCAUCAUGGAGCCCUCGUAUUCGUUGCAGGAGCACAUCUUCAAGGAUCUGCAGGCAAGCACUUACCGCGACGUCAACGAAUACAACCCCCUCAACAUUUCGCACCCUCUCACCGAAGAAUGGCUCGACCCUAUUUCACGCUCCGUCGAUGGCGACGGUAGCCCUGAAUCCAUCAAUCUCAUCGUACCGCAAGAUUGCGGCGGCUUCAACCUUGGCUCCUUCUUCGUCCGUCGCAGCGCAUGGACCGAUCGACUCAUGGACAUCUGGUGGGACCCGGUGCACUACGAGCAGAGACACAUGCAAUGGGAGCACAAGGAGCAGGACGCGCUGGAAUACAUGUAUCAGAACCAGCCAUGGGUGCGGUCCAACAUGGCCUUCAUCCACCAGCGCAAGGUCAACGCCUUUCCACCGGGCGCCUGCUCCGACAACGGCCUCGACCCACGCAUCCACUACAGCGAGGAGGACCGCGACUUCGUCGUCAACAUGGCCGGCUGCGAGUGGGGCCGCGACUGCUGGGGCGAGAUGUACUCGUACCGUGAGCUGAGCAAGCGCCUCAAUGCCGGCUGGUGGGACGGCUUCAAGGCGUGGAUGACCGGUGAGGUUGGCCGGUUCCGUGGCGGCAAGGACACCGAUCCGGCGGAUCAGAUGGUGUUCCAGAAAGAACACGAGGAGGAGAUGGCGAAGCUGCAACAAGAGCAACAAGGAGAGAUGUCGCAGCAGCAGCAGCAGCAGAGGCAAGACGACCCGAAACGAGAAGAAUGA